AGACUCGCUCCUCCCGGCAGGGCGCACCUAGGCGGGUCCAUCGCCCGCCGGGGAGAGGGGUGUGGGUAUGGAGGGAACAGGUGCGCUGCGGGACCUGCCCUAUCUCAACAGGUGAAUCGCUCCAAGUGGGUCUCGGUUUCGUGGAUCUCGGUGCGCUUAGUUUGGCCGCAGCAGAUGGGGGCCGGACGGGACCUGUGGUCCGCAGGCGCCCUCCCAGCGGGCCAGUCACUUGGUUCGGGCCCUGGGGGCUGGAGCGCACCUGGGUCAGCCCACUUCCGGGGAGGGAGGCAGAGGAACCCCUCCCCGCCACUCACCCCCAAGCCCAGCCCUCGGCUCCCACCCUUGUGUACCUGGGACGAACCAUUCACCGGAGCGCGCAGCGGGUGGAGUGUGGCUCGGAGAACCGCGGCGGGUCAAGCACCUUUCUUCCCCAUAUCUGAAAGCGUGCCCUUUGUCCACGUCGUUUACGUUCAUUAAAACUUCUAGAACGCAGCAGGAUGGACUUGUUGUAGGGACAAGGAACGGAAGUGGGAAGGGGAGGAGCGUGCACCCCUCCUGCCCUUGGUGCGCCCCGCGCCCCCUAAGAUACUUUGGAAGGGACGCGCGGGCCGGACGCGCCCAGACGGCCGCGAUGGCGCUGGUGGCCUGCGGGCUCUCUAGAGGGCUGGGCUCCCACCCGGCCGCCCCAGGCCGGGACGCGGUAGUCUUCGUGUGGCUCCUGCUUAGCACCUGGUUCACAGCCCCUGCCAGGGCCAUCCAGGUGACUGUGUCCGACCCCUACCAUGUGGUGAUCCUCUUCCAGCCUGUGACCCUACCCUGUACCUACCAGAUGACCUCGACCCCCACGCAACCCAUCGUCAUCUGGAAGUACAAGUCUUUCUGCCGGGACCGCAUCGCUGAUGCCUUCUCCCCAGCCAGCGUCGACAACCAGCUCAAUGCCCAGCUGGCAGCCGGGAACCCAGGCUACAACCCCUACGUUGAGUGCCAGGACAGCGUGCGCACCGUCAGGGUCGUGGCCACCAAGCAGGGCAACGCUGUGACCCUGGGAGAUUACUACCAGGGUCGGAGGAUUACCAUCACCGGAAAUGCUGACCUGACCUUUGACCAGACGGCGUGGGGGGACAGCGGUGUGUAUUACUGCUCUGUGGUCUCAGCCCAGGACCUCGAGGGGAACAAUGAGGCCUACGCAGAGCUCAUCGUCCUUGACUGGCUCUUCGUGGUUGUGGUGUGCCUGGCUGCCUUCCUCGUCUUCCUCCUCCUGGGCAUCUGCUGGUGCCAGUGCUGCCCACACACUUGCUGCUGCUACGUCAGGUGCCCCUGCUGCCCAGACAAGUGCUGCUGCCCUGAGGCCCUGUAUGCCGCCGGCAAAGCAGCCACCUCAGGUGUUCCCAGCAUCUAUGCCCCCAGCACCUAUGCCCACCUGUCUCCCGCCAAGACCCCGCCCCCACCAACUGUGAUUCCCAUGGGCCCUGCCUACAACGGGUACCCUGGAGGGUACCCUGGGGACCUCGACAGGAGUAGCUCAGCUGGUGGCCAAGGUUCCUACGUACCCCUGCUUCGGGACACAGACAGCAGUGUGGCCUCUGUCCGCAGUGGCUACAGGAUUCAGGCCAGCCAGCAAGACGACUCCAUGCGGGUCCUGUACUACAUGGAGAAGGAGCUGGCCAAUUUCGACCCUUCUCGACCUGGCCCCCCCAAUGGCCGUGUGGAGCGGGCCAUGAGUGAAGUCACCUCCCUCCAUGAGGACGACUGGCGAUCUCGGCCUCCCCGGGGCCCUGCCCUCACCCCGAUCCGGGAUGAGGAGUGGGGUGGCCACUCCCCCCGGAGUCCCAGGGGAUGGGACCCAGAGACCCCCAGGGAGCAGGCAGGCGGGGGCUGGCGGGCCAGGCGGCCCCGGGCCCGCUCCGUGGACGCCCUGGACGACCUCACCCCGCCAAGCUCCGCCGAGUCAGGGAGCAGGUCUCCCCUGAGUAGUGGUGGGAGGAGAGGCCGGGCCUACAUGCCCCCGCGGAGCCGCAGCCGGGACGACCUCUAUGACCAAGAAGACUCGAGAGACUUCCCACGCUCCCGGGACCCUCACUACGACGACAUCAGGUCUCGGGAGCGCCUCCCUGCCGACCCCAGGUCCCACUACCACCGUACCCGGGACCCUCGGGACAACGGCUCCAGGUCCGGGGACCCCCCCUAUGAUGGGCGGCUACUGGAGGAGGCCGUGAGGAAGAAGGGGUCGGGGGAGAGACGGAGACCCUACAAGGAGGAAGAGGAAGAGGCCUACUAUCCGCCGGCGCCGCCCCCGUACUCGGAGACCGACUCGCAGGCGUCCCGCGAGCGCAGGCUCAAGAAGAACCUGGCCCUGAGUCGGGAAAGUUUAGUCGUCUGAUCUGACGUUUUCUACGUAGCUUUUGUAUUUUUUUUUUUAAUUUGAAGGAACACUGAUGAAGCCCUGCCAUGCCCCUCCCGAGUCUAAUAAAACGUAUAAUCACAA